UCUGUAAUCACACACACACACAAUCCAGCUUUACAGAAGAUUCCAGCACUGUCUCGUUCCUGUACCAGAAUCCUUGUGUUUGUGUGGUGUUCUCCUUUGCAUGCCUUGUGAGAACUACAGGUGAAGAUCCAGCAUGGAGGUUUAUAUUGUGGGAAUCUGUAUCGCAGUGUGUGGAAACUUUCUCAUCAGCAUCUCCUUAAAUAUCCAGAAAUACACACAUUUGCGGCAGUCACAGCGAGGAACGCGGCCGUACUACACCAGCCGUCUGUGGUGGUGCGGGAUCUUGUUGAUGGGUUUGGGCGAGCUGGGAAACUUUGCUGCGUAUGGAUUUGCACCAGCGUCUCUCAUCGCGCCUCUCGGCUGUGUGUCAGUCAUCGCGAGUGGCGUCAUCUCUGUGCUGUUUCUCAAGGAAACGUUACGCGCUUCUGAUAUUCUGGGAGGAGCUUUAGCGCUGACAGGCACCUACUUUCUGGUGACCUUUGCCCCUCACUCAUCCCCUCAUGUGACAGCCAAUAUGGUGGAGCGCUCGCUGGUCAGCUGGCAGUUCCUUAUUUACUUCAUGUUUGAGCUGAUUCUCUUCGUUGUGCUGAUGUAUCUGUACAAGUGCAGGAACAUCAAACACAUAAUCAUCAUGAUGCUGCUGGUGGCGUUACUCGCUUCGCUGACGGUGAUUUCAGUGAAAGCCGUUUCUGGAAUGAUCACGGAGACGAUUCGCGGCAGUCACCUCCAGCUGACGUACCCCAUCUUCUACAUCAUGUUCAUCAUCAUGAUCACGUCAUGCGCCUUUCAGAUCAAAUUUCUCAAUCAGGCCAUGAAGACGUUUGACGCCACUGAAAUCGUGCCCAUCAAUUACGUGUUCUUCACCGCGAGCGCCGUCGUGGCAGGGAUUUUAUUUUAUGAAGAAUUUUACGGUCUAUCUUUGAUAUACAUCAUCAUGUUUAUUGUUGGGUGUCUGUUGGCCUUCACUGGUGUGUUUCUAAUCGCAAGAGCUCGUCCCAGUAUCAAGAUGGACCGUGUGUUCAUUUCAAUGGGACAGAUUCCAGGUAAAGGUUGCACAGAUAAAGUGCAGCCGAAGUCAGACGACGGGAAAUAUGAAACACUGGCGUCUAAAUUUACAUGCAACAGCGGAAUUCAGCAGGACGAGGCGUAAAACAGAGACAACUGCACUAAUGCUGAGUGUGUGUGUGUGUGUGAGUGUGUGAGAAAGAGAGUGUGUGUAAGUGUGUGUGUGUGUGAGAGUGAGUGUGUGUAAGUGUGUAAGUGUGUGUGUGUGUGAGAGUGUGUUUGUGUGUGUGUGAAUGUGUGAGUGUGUGUGUGUGUGAGUGUGUGAAUGUGUGAGUAGUGUGUAUGUAUGUGUGUGUGGUGUGCGCGUGUGUAUAUGUGUGUGUGUGUGUAUGAGUGUGUGUGUGUGUGUGUGUAGUGUGCGCGCAUGUGUGUGUGUGUAUGUGUGUGAGUGUGUGUGAGUGUGUGUGUCAGUGUGUGUGUGAAUGUGUGUGUGUAGUGUGUAUGUGUGUGUGGUGUGCGUGUGUAUAUGUGUGUGUGUAUGAGUGUGUGUGUGUGUAUGAGUGUGUAUGUGUGUGUAGUGUGUAGUGUGCGCGUGUGUGUGUAUAUGUGUGUGUGAGUGUGUGUAUGAGUGUGUAUGUGUGUGUGUAUAUGUGUGUGUGUGUGUGUAUAGUGUGCGCGUGUGUGUCUGUAUAUGUGUGUGUGUGUGUGUAUAGUGUGCGCGUGUGUGUGUGUGUGUAUGUCUGUGAGUGUUUGUGUGUGUAUAGUGUGCGCGUGUGUGUGUGAGAGUGAGUGUGUGUGUAGUGUGCAUGUGUGUAGUGUGUGUGUGUGAGUAGUGUGUGUAUAAUGUGUGUGUGUGUGUAGUGUGUGUGUGUAUAUAUGUGUGUGUAGUGUGUGUAUAAUGUGUGUGUGUGUGUGUAUGUUUGUGUGUGUAUGUGUGUGUAGUGUGUGUAUAUAUGUGUGUGAGUGAGUGUGUGUGUAUGUGUGUAUAUAUGUGUGUGAGUGAGUGUGUUUGUAGUGUGCAUGUGUGUAGUGUGUGUGUGAGUAGUGUGUGUAUAAUGUGUGUGUGUGUAGUGUGUGUAUAAUGUGUGUGUGUGUAGUGUGUGUAUAAUGUGUGUGUGUGUGUGUGUGUAGUGUGUGUAUAAUGUGUGUGUGUGUGUAGUGUGUGUAUAUGUGUGUGUGUGUGUAGUGUGUGUAUAAUGUGUGUGUAUGUGUGUAUAUAUGUGUGUGAGUGAGUGUGUGUAGUGCAUGUGUGUAGUUUGUGUGUGUGAGUAGUGUGUGUAUAAUGUGUGUGUGUGUAGUAUGUGUAUAAUGUGUGUGUGUAUAUAUCUGAGAGUGCCAGUCCGACUAACUGAAUUUGAGAUUUUGAAACAUGUUAUUUUUAAUACACUUGUGUAAAAGUCACGAGGUUAUUGCAAUUGUUCCAAGUUUUUUUUUAGACCAUUUUUUCAAAUAUCUAAUAAACUAAAGUGCACAAUUAGUUAAUUAGUGUUCGUCAUUUGGUGAUUUUGAAGGAAACAAAGUUCUGAAUGAUGCUGUUCUGUCAAGAGUGUGUAGAAGAAAUGAUACAAUUACUCGAAA